GGGUGGACCCACGUGACAGCCCGGACGGCGCCUCUUCUCUUUCUCUGGSGCGCGCGCGCGCGCGAGCAGGACAGGAAUGGCCAAUGGCUUUCUCAUGGAAGUCUGUGUUGAUUCAGUGGAGUCUGCUGUGAAUGCAGAAAGAGGAGGUGCUGGCCGCCUUGAAUUGUGUGCCAAUCUGAUGGAAGGAGGAACCACACCUAGUAUAGGGUUUCUACAAGUGGUGAAACAGUGUAUACGGGUGCCAGCAUGUGUGCUAAUACGUCCCCGUGGAGGGGACUUCCUCUAUUCUGAUCGGGAAGUGGAGGUGAUGAAAGCUGACAUUCGACUUGCCAAGCAACAUGGGGCAGAUGGGCUGGUGUUUGGAGCCUUGACUGAGGAUGGGCGUGUGGACACAGAGCUCUGCACAGCACUGCUGGCUGCUUCACGUCCUUUACCAGUCACUUUCCACAGAGCUUUUGACAUGGUCUAUGAUCCGAUGAUAGCCCUGGAAACACUGAUAUCAUUGGGUUUUGAACGAGUGUUGACUAGUGGCUGUGACAGCUCUGCUUUGGAGGGACUACCCUUGAUAAAACGGCUAACAGAUCAGGCUAAGGGCAGGAUUGUUGUAAUGCCAGGUGGAGGCAUAACAGAGAGAAACCUGCAGAGAAUCCUCGAAGGCUCUGGGGCUUCAGAGUUUCACUGCUCAGCGCGUUCUGCUAAGGACUCAAACAUGAAGUUCAGAAACCCCAGCGUUACUAUGGGGGCCUACCUCUCUACACCUGAAUAUUCCAUCAAGGUGGCAGAUGUGGCCAAAGUGAGGACCCUGAAUGCAAUUGCAAAGAAUAUCCUGUAGAAGAAGAUCCUGUGGAAGAGGAAGACCUGACACACUGGGACUUGCUCAGUUAUUAGGCACAGACAUUUUGACAGCUUCCUUGCCAGCACAUAAUGGAUGUGGGGUCAAUCAAAUGAAGGAGCCUGUGGUUGUUUUUAUUCCUAUUCCCACUUUGUAGUCUUACUCCACAGAGUUUCUUCCUUACCUAUUGUAAUGCCAUUUGUCUGUGGGGAAUAAACUGUGUGGGUGGGUGGGGGCUUAGCUGAAGGAGCCCUUGAGCUUGGGCAACACUCCCUGUGACUGUCACUUCUCCAAUAAACCCUGAUGCUGCUCCA